AUUUAGGAAAAUGUUUUAAUGAUCAAGAUUUGCUGUUCAUUUGUGACAACCUGGAGUCUGGACCAUGGAGGAGACUUGGAGUGCGUCUUGGACUCAAGUGGAGUGAUAUUAAUAAGAUAGCAAAAAACAACAGACAGGUGGAGGACCGCAUCAUGGAAUUGCUGGUUACUUGGAGAAAUAACCAAUCAAAGUACCAGCAAUUACCAAUCAUGAUGAACGCUUUGAGACAACAGAAGCUUCUUAGACUUGCACAAAGUGUGUGUGAAAGGCAUGGUUACAGUAACGAGUUAGAAGUUGCACCAACUCAGAUAAAUCUGCCCCAAAUUCCAACACCACAGCAAGGUUGCUUAGAUGAUAUUGACAUGGUGUUUAUCUCUGACAAACUUGAUGGCAAAGAUUUGAUAAAUUUCGGCAUCAACCUUGGUUUGGAGAAACAUGAAAUAAAUGGAUUUGAAUCAGACUUUUCACCACCAAUUGUAGACGCCUAUAUUGAAAUGUUCGUACAGUGGCGAGAAAGACAGAAAGCUGAAGUAAAUCAUCUCAAAACAAUUACUGAAGCACUGAACAAAGUUGGACGAAUAGAUAUCAAGGAAGAACUUGAGUCAUACUACCAGAACAAAUAUGGAAAAAUUGAAGCAAAGGUGUAAAGGAACAUUUUAAAGAUAACAGUGCAAUAAAAAAAAUGACACCAGAAUAUAAUUUUACCAUGGUUACAUACACCACUGUACCACAUUAGGACACUUUUUAAGAAAUUAUAUUUUACUCGCCUUUUGAUCAUCUAAACUGCAUGCUUUUGAUGCUGUCAUCCAGGACUGUAGAUAUUGAAUACAAAAUUUACUGAAAACAUUAAUGUCAACUUUCUCUUUUGAUAAU